CCGCCCCGCCCCGGCGGAGGCAGGCGGCCGUGCCCGCGGCAGACGCGCAGCCCCGCCGCGACAUGGCCAGCCGCCGCCUCCUGGGGCUCCUCCUCGCCUUCGCCGCGCUGCUGGGCGCAGGUCAUGGGGACGACCCAGGUGACAUCAGCCUAGAAGAUGCCCUGUAUGACCUCAGCACCAAGAGACCCACUCCCAAGGGCCCCAGAAAACCAGCAAGUGGGACAGGCUUUGAUUUGUCUGAUUACUUUGACACCCCUCUGGAGACUACCACCAAACCAGCCAAGCCAACUCCGAAGCCCUUCCCCAGGCCAGGGAAGCCAGACAACAGCUUUUGGGAUGUCAUCCGCACAACCAAGCAGCCAAAAACUACAAGGCCCCCCCCCAAGCAUAACCCAGCAAAGGAUCCUAUGGAUUUGGACUUGUCUGAUGCCCUUGAUGAUAAGAACGAUAGGAAAGAUGCUGGAAGGCCAGAUGUAAGGCCAGGUGAAGCAUUUUCAGAUGACGACCUGGCCAGCAUCGUGGAUGGCGGCUACAGCCCAGACAAGAAGAAAGGUGCCGAGGGCAGCACUGACAGCGACUAUGGCGGGGGCAGAGUGGCAGAGACGGGGACAAUCGCCGGCAUCGCCAGCGCCCUGGCCAUGGCACUCAUCGGGGCUGUGUCCAGCUACAUCUCCUACCAGCAGAAGAAGUUCUGCUUCAGCAUCCAGCAAGGACUUAAUGCGGAAUAUGUGAAAGGAGAAAACAUGGAAGCUGUCGUAAGCGAGGAACCCCAAGUUAAAUAUUCAGUACUGGAAACACAGUCAGCAGAACCACCAAAACAAGACAGUGCGAAGAUAUAAAGCAUGACCCGGGGCUAGAAAAGAAUCAGUCAGCAGCAAAUGGAGAUCUUACAUGCUUGUAAUUUAGCUUUUUAUUUAAUUUGACUCCAAAGCUAUUUAAUGUGUACUUAGGCUCGAACUGGCUUUUUAUUGCUCUAGGCUUUAGGGUUAGAGUAGUACUAUGUGUUUAUUUUUUGUAAAGAGUUACAUGUUUACAUCAAAGUAAUAUUGUAGGUUUGAUGUCCAGUGGUAUGCAAACCAACAGAAGGUGCUUCAGUAGUGGUCAAUUUUCGAUUAAGGGACAAGGUCUUUUUCAAGGAGCAGAAGAGCUUACAGUGAAGUGCCUGUACAUAGCAAUCCAAAGCAAACCAUUCACAGCCCUUUGUAAAGCACCUCCAGCCAACUUCUGCCACCAGCUAUAGGCACAUCACUUCCAACAGUGCUGAAUGUGCAUUUGCUGAGGGUGGAUUGCGGUCCUUAGCGUAGCUGCACCUAACAAUGAAGUGCCUAUGGGUAGGUCCUGGGGUUUGGGCUCAGCUGAGGCAGGUGAGUCCCUGCUCCGAAGGCAGGAGCUGAGGAUGCUUCACCACUACGCAGCACUGGGCUUCUAACCAAAUAAAAGGACCCGAUUUUCAUGCCAAGUCAUAAAUACAGGUAGUGGCAGUGUGCGCAGUGUUCACUUUUAGCAAAUACGCUUUGAAUGCUUGGCUGUGCUAGAGAUCAGAACGGAGCUGAAGGUGCCAAGUGAUACAGUUUGCAGGACAUGAGAUAUCUAGGUUGUCACCAAAAUGAAAACUGUGUGUGUUUGGAUGCUUUCAAGGGCAGGUUCAGAUCUCAUUCACACUAGAACAAAUUUCAGAUUUAACCCAAAAGAAAAUAAACAAAGUAGCUAUCUGUUAAGAGCUGGAACACUCACUACUGUAAGAGAAGUCAAGCUUAGCAAGAUGCAGGCCCCCCACCUUCUUUUUUUAGCUGCAAGUAUUGAGAGCACUCCCUGGCACCCGAGGCAGAAGAAGGAUCCAAAGCUUGUGUCAGUGGCUAAAAAAGGCAGAAUGUGCUGAGAGGAUCAGUCCUCCAUCACCGUCCCGCGUGGGGUCCCUGCAGCUUUCUGGGCAGCAGGGGGCUGCGAGCGGUGCUCAGCGGGACACGGGGCUGCUCCGCGACAGCGCCCCGAUCCCACGCAGCUGCUCACACGGCCCUCUUCAACGCUGCAGAACUGGUAUCAAGACCUGACCUUCACUACCUUGCAAGAAUUUGUGGUUAUGUUUCUAAUCCCUUCCCAACCCCUUCUUAUCACUGCUAAAACGUGGAUACUGCCACUUUCUGAUAAAUUUAUCCAAGUUGAUAAUUGCUUAAAAAUCAUGCUCUCAAGUGAAGGAAAAUUCACUUUAUGUGGCGCAAGAGGUACUCACUAUUUAUAUAUAAACCUUAAACUUGUGCAUUUGGUACUGUUUUGCAAAUCCCGGAUUUUGUGAAUGUGUAUUAAAAAUAAAGCCUUUCAGUUUGAUGUACGAAUUCACAGCUUUCAGGUAGACACAACUUAGGGAAGGCCUUGCCAGGAGGUGAAUCAGCCUAGGAGCACUGCUGCCUAACAGCUCCAUUUGAAAGGAAAUUGUCUAGUAACAUAGUUAAGUAUUUUGCAAUAGCUGCACAAUUCUUUAUGCUCUUUUUAACACUUGCAUUUUUAAAGCCUUACACUAUCUCUAGCAGAACAGCUACUGUGUUUUAUGAGGGAAAUGAGUUCUAGGGAUAUAUGGUGCCUCACGUGUAUUCAGAACACUUAGGCUACAAUACUGCUACAAACUACUGCUGCUUUGUUUUAUGAAUGUGUUUGGAUUAGAAAACAAAAUCUUUAAUUAUUGGCUGCUCAGAGAGUGAAGCAGAGGAAAUGGAGAUGGGAUGCACUCUGUGUUUGCUUACUCUCAGAGAAGAAUUUUCACGGAGGAAAUGUGAUCUGCAGGAUUUGGAUCAUCACAUGCAGGAGCUCAGCUGCUGGUGAAGCCACACAGCUGAGUUUGUAUCUCCAUUCCCAAGCACCAUUGCCUAUUUUUCUUAGCCACACACAUUUGAAAGCUGAAGCAUGAAAAAUGUUUUUAUAAAGUUACUGUAGAUGAAGUGUUACAACAUGGCAUUGAUGAUCACUAGGAGCCAUUUUCCUACCUUAGAUCAAGUGACAUAAUUCCAUUUCUCCUUUUGCUGAUGACCAUGUUUUCUGUAGAUGCAGAUCAUCAGUUUUGCUGCAUUUCUAUUAUUGUGCCCUCCCUGUUUGUCUAGUGGACAGUGCAGUGGGGUGUCCAGCAUUGCUUAAAUAAUAUAGCACAUACCCCUCUUUUGGGAAACUCUUACACUAGAGCAUAGGAAAAACACAUGUCUAAUUCACAAAAACUCCAGGUUUGGGUUGUGGUUUUUUUUUUUGUUUGUUGUUGUUUUGUUUUGUUUGUCUGUUUUUUAAGCAGAGCUGUUUCACUGAAAAAAACCCCUCCAGUUUCUAGAACGCAGAAGUUGCUCCUUCCCCAAGGCCUUUUCUAUGACUUUGGUGAACACUUAAUGCCUUAGUAUAAUUUCUAAGUAUGUGAAAAACAAUAAAUGCACAGUGAAAAGGAGCACUUUUUCAAAAAUUCACAGUAACAGAAUUCACGAUCUCUUUCUCUGGGACUUCAAAUAGGAAAAUAGUGAUAAAUGCCACAGUAAAGAAAUUAAACGUAGACUUCUCUUUAAAACUGGACGAAAGUCAAAGUCUUAUUGUGCUAAAUGUCAGUAAAGGCUCAAAUUGCUUUUUAUUGAAGUCUGUCUCCUCCUCCAUCUGAACUGUCAGACCAGUCUCUGAGAAACAGGGAGUUUCUACAUCAUCUAUAUUUCAGGCUUUAUAGCAAGUGAAAGGAUUCAUAUGUAUUUUCCUAGUAGUGAUCCAAGUUCUGAAACAACUGAUUCAGCAUUGACUUCUCUAACUACUUUCAUUUAAUUAGGAUCUAUUCUCUUUAAAUCUAGAUAUAGAAUUUUUUAAAAUCCUGCACUUAAUUUCUGUAUACAUGGUAUGAGCUUUCUCAUCCUUUACUAAAAAAGGCCAUAAACCACUGAAAAACUGUGGUUUUUUUUUUUUUCAUGAGUCCAAAAACUAUAUAUACAGCUGUCCAGAGUUUAUGUACUAUCUGUGCUGUGAGCUCUUCUUACCACACAUCACUUCAGCUUAACUAAAGCUAUUUUUAAUAAAAUUACUCAGUAAAGGUUUCUCAGUUACAGAGAAAACAGAGAAUAGAAAUAAUUUAACUAGCUCUUUUCCUGUUGAUUAUUCUAUCGAUUACUUGCAUUUUCCUUUGGCAAUACUGUAGUAGUUUCUUCGGUUUAGAUUCUUCAGUUGAGAAUACUCUGACAUGAAUUUCAGACUUUUUUGGCACUAUAAACUCAGUCAUUUUCAUGCAACCCCACUAAAGAACCCUUACACAUGCUAUAUUGUCAUUCUUAACUACUCACUGCUUGUGAUAAAAGUGGAAUUAGUCCGUUUCAAAUACUAUUUCAAAUUCUGAAAAAGUAAGAUGAGUUGACAGGCUAAGGCUUUAAAAAUCUGCUUCUGCAACAAAUAAGCUUCAGGAACAAAUCAAGUUCAGUAACAACAGUAUUGUGAAAUCAGAGAAUCCUUUCUUUUGAGUGAAGUGCAAGGCAUAUUGUUUGCUGAUGCAGAAGCGAUCUAUACCAAAUGAAGGAUGAAUGUUACACUGUAAGAAAAUAAGAUUCAUUUUGCUAAUGUGCAUGUAAGAAUUGUGGGGGUAAAAAUCAGGAUUUGACUGCCAUCGGAAAACACCAAAUAAAACAAGUUGACUAGAAAGACA